CAUGGACUUUGGGUCUGGUCGUGUUCACCUUGUGUAUUACAGUAAAUCAGUAAUUGCACGUACCUGCUCUCUGUUCAUUCUAUUACUACUCCCACAUUCCCAGACCCUCGCCUGACCGCCCUGGCCUGAGAAACUGCCGUCCACGCCUGAAUAACUGCUGCCCACGCUUCACCCAUUUUGCAAUCUGUCUGUAUUAAGAUUCUUGAAUUGGAUCUAAGGAAAUAUAAACCCUUAUUAGAACUGCUGCACAAAUGUCGACGGAAUUGAUAAAGAAGAAAAGAGGAAUAGAGGUACAAGGUUAUACAAUUGAAGGGUUAUCAAUUGGUGGGCAGGAAACCUGCGUUAUCUUCCCUGGUCUCAAGCUCGCUUUCGAUAUCGGAAGGUGCCCUCAACGUGCCAUCUCCCAAGAUUUCCUCUUUAUCUCUCAUGGUCAUAUGGAUCACAUUGGUGGACUACCAAUGUAUGUCGCAACUCGGGGUUUAUUCUCCAUGAAGCCUCCUACAAUUUUUGUACCUAAAGAAAUAAAAAGAGAAGUGGAAAAGCUUUUUGAUGUACACAGAGUAAUGGACCAAUCUGAACUGAAGCAUAACUUAGUUGGUCUAGACGUGGGAGAAGAAUUCUAUCUUAGGAAAGACCUCAAAGUAAAAGCAUUUAAGACAUAUCAUGUUAUUCCCAGUCAGGGAUAUGUUGUUUACUCAGUUAAACAGAAGCUUAAGCAGGAGUACAUUGGCCUCCAUGGGAAUGAGAUCAAGGCUUUGAAGUUAUCAGGUGUGGAGAUUACUACUACAACUACAUCACCUGAAGUGGCAUUUACUGGAGACACAAUGGCCGACUUCAUUAUUGACCCAACUAAUGUUGAUGUGCUUAGGGCCAAGAUUCUUGUAAUGGAGUGCACCUUCUUAGAUAACGCAGUUGCAGUGGAGCAUGCAAGAGAUUAUGGACAUACACACCUUGCUGAGGUUAUUAAAUAUGCUGAUAUGUUUCAGAAUAAAGCAAUUCUGUUGAUCCACUUUUCAGCAAGAUACCAAGUCAAUGAAAUUGAAGAAGCCAUAUCAAGAUUGCCCGUAACAUUUUCUGGUCGAGUUUUCGCUCUUACCGAAGGAUUUUGAUGAUGAUGGUAUUGAAGGGACGUUUCCAGUUUUGGAGCAUCUUCUGUUACACAUGAAGUUUGAGUUGUUGACACGUGGAACUUGUUUUUUCGUUUCUAAUUCAUUUUUACACUUCCUCCUCCACGGUUGCUGGAAAUAUAUCCAUUUAAAUUUCACAUGAUAGUAUACAUCAAAAAUCUUCUGAAAAUUGUUGUAGCCAUCAAUCUGGAAGUGUUUUGAAUCUGGGAAUAGACUGGUUUCUGACAUUAUUAAGCACAAAGUUGUAGAAAGAGAUGUUUUUUAUUUACGUGUAGUUGGCAGGAUAUCGAUCUACUAAUCAGCGAGACGUGAUCGACAUUAAAUCCU